CAAUUCGUAGCAGUCAUAUCAACACCAUGUCAUUUCGCAAGCGCAACAUCGGUGUGCAGAGAUCACCGAUCACCUCAUCCCAUGCAGACAGCACAGUAGAGACGAACAGCGCGCCGUCGCCAACAGCCUCCGGCAUACGGCCGUCACCCUUGACCGGACAAGCAACCACAUCAACAGGAGCCUACUCGCUCGACAGUCUGCUAGGCGGCCAUGCAGGAUUGGCGCUAGGCUCAUCGUUGCUUGUUGAAGAGAGUGGGACUACAGAUUUUGCCGGUGCCCUGCUGCGGUACUAUGCUGCCGAGGGCAUAAUCCAAAGUCACACGGUGCAUCUUGUUGGUGCCGGCGAGCAGUGGAUCAAGGACCUGCCAGGCUUGGUGGGAGAUGCUGAGGCCGCAGAAGCUCAGAAGCAGGCAAAGAGCGACGAGAAGAAGAUGAAGAUUGCGUGGCGAUAUGAGAGAUUGGGCCAAGUAGACGCCGAUCGAGGCAGUAGAGUCGUCCCCCAACGUGGCCCAGCCCCUGUCCAGAAUGCCGAACAACAGGAAGAACAACAGUCGUUAGCCUUCUGCCACACCUUUGACCUGGCAAAGCGUCUUGCUGUGCCCCCCGAGGCCGACAUCAACCAUAUCGCCAUCGCUCCCCAAGCACCGCUCUCUGCCAUUCUGCAAAAUGUUGCUCAUCGACUAAACACUUCUCCACCUCACACGAUACAUCGCCUAGUGAUACCUUCUCUGCUAUCACCCGCUCUCUAUCCUCCUACGGCCGGUGCACCGGAGAACCUGCUCCAAUUCUUACACUCACUGCGCUCCCUGCUCAGACAAUUUUCCGGCCGUCUUACUGCCAUGAUCACACUUCCACUAGAGCUAUAUCAUCGUUCGACCGCUCUUGUCCGUUGGGCCGAAACCCUCUCGGACGGCGUGCUUGAACUAACUACAUUUCCUCACCUGAUGGACUCAGCGAAUAGCUUGGCAGAGAGUGGUGGUGCAAGAGCAACAGACGAGCAACCACAGGGAAUGCUGAAGCUGCACAAGCUACCAGUGACGACCGAACGUGGUGGAGGAGGAGCUGCUGCCGGUGUCGGCGACGACUUGGCCUUCACCGUCAGCAGACGACGUUUUGUCAUCAAACCUUUCAGUCUUCCACCAGCAGAAGGAGAUACCGAGGCUCAGCAGGGAAAUGCUGAAGGAGGUGCAUUGGGCAAGGCGACCAAAAUCGAUAUAGAGUUCUAGCGUUUAUAGGAAUCAAGGCUCGUGGUCAGAGUCAAGUUCCCACUUGUCGCGGUGCAUCAUGUCUUCCAUCUCGAU